AUGGAUUUUUAUGAUGAAAUUCGUCAAUGCUUUGAUCAUAUUUUAGAUAAAACUUCAAGCAAAGAAGAGUUUGAAAGGAUAACAACGAUAUUUAAAACAGAAUCCGGAAAAGAAUUAUAUUUAAUCGUUGCAGAAUGGCUUUCUGAGCAUGAUGAGAUCGGUUUUGAGGCGUUCCGGCAGUUUUCAAUACUAUUUCGCCUACAUUUAGACGGAUUACGAAAAGCAAACAAAUUUAUUAUGAAUGAAUAUCUCGAUGUUUUAUAUAUACGAUGUAUGAAAUACACAGAAGAGCAAAUUGUCCAAAUAUACAACGUUUUUAAUACUCCAUUUAUGGAAGAAGCUACACAACCAUAUUUGUAUUUUAUGAUUUCAAUAGCUCCAACUAUCCAACAAGAAAUAGCAUCACAAAUUACUAAACCAGAAGACAUUUUUUCCGAUUUACCAUACUGCAUGCAAAUAUCUAUUGCCAGAGCCGCUGUUUUUAAUCCGCAACAAUUUCGAAGCUACGGAUUGGAAAGACUAGCAACGUUAUUGCUUAACAACACACGAACAUGUUACAAAGAAGAUGGAAUUACGCUAUGUUCGCAGAUAAAAUCUCCAGAAAAUGCAAUAAAAUUAUUUAAUAAUGCGAUUUCUGCGGCACCAUACUUAUGUUCUGCACAAUCUGCAAAGAAAGGAUGGGAAAUAUGUUUGUUAAUGCUCCAUAACAUGACUACAGAAGACAGAUUUCAUUCAAUCAGAAUUUCAUUUGAAAACAAAAACAUUACAGACAGUGCUCGCAUAUCCCUGACUAAUGAGCUCAUCAAACAGAUAAGGAAUGGUCAAGGAACUAUAUUCAGAUCCCCAUCUGUAAUCCAAAUUGCCGCAUUAAUUUGUAAUCCAUCGAUUUUGUCAUCUCCUGUUACACAUAGCGAAGUUGUUAUAUCUAUAUUUGCAUUCCUCACAUUUAUAGUGACAUUGGAACGCAAGUACAGAUGUUUCAUGCUUCUUGGUUGUCCUUCAGAAAAAGAACUUAGAAAUUCAAUAGAAAUUACCAAAAAAGGAAUAAAUGAAUCGGAGAAACAAAACAACAGACCAAAAGAAGAGAUACUUAAAAACAUGAAGAAAUCGAAUUUUGGAGAGAACAUGACCAUGGAUGAUGUUGAAAAAGCAGUUAAAUCAACCCAAAUUAUAAUUGCAAGAAUUAAAUUUGCAAUUUCAGAAUUUGAGAGCAUUCUCAACUAG